AUGCCUAGUGAGCGUGGCCCUCAGCGAAAAACUAAAGCUAAAGUCCCCAAACCGCCACGCGGUUCUGGCCUCAAUCCAUCCGGCGAACCAGCAAGUGGCCAACUUCACAUUCCUACUGAGCAGCCGCGUAUGUCUCAGUUCAACUUCGAUGCGCAUGCGGCCAGUGGAGGAGUUCCUACCCCCAUAUCAAGUGGGAGCACAUCAUCAUAUGGCUGGAGUAUGCAGAACACUGACUUCGACGGCCGCUUCCCUCACGGCCAAUACUACGGCGCUUCGUCCUCGGAGGGCCCCUCCCAGGGCUCUUCUUACGGACCCUUACCUCAAGGCUCCAACCACGACUUCCCUUCAAGUACCCCCCUUCAAGGUACCGGUACCAGCAUGAGCGCGUCGGAGAUGACGCUGAUCCAGCGAGGUGAGAUUCCGCCAACCGAUGUGAUGCACACGAUGGGCCCGCCAAGGGAAACAACGAGGCGAGCCCGACGUGCAAUGCCACCUACGCCACGGAUGGUUCCGUACCCUGCCAUACGCCCGCAGGGCAACACCCAAUCUCUACCAUCGGCAGUCGAAGAUUCAACUUCGCAAUCUGUAACGUCGUCAACACCUCAACCCACGCGCAUCAAACUAUCGGAUGAUAUCAUUGGCCAGUCCAUGAAAACGGCAACGCAUUUGGUCACGCGCGAGUUAUUUGGAGAACAGGCGAUGGCGAUUGACAAAGCCACCAAGAAAAUCAUGCUGAACAAGGUCAUCUGGGACUCGGUACCACGCUGCUUUGCGCCCAAUGCAACAUUUGAGGAUUUUAUCUCAAAUAAACAUCGUAAGGAUGUUGCGAAUGCGUUGUCGUCAACUCGCGGCAAAUUUGCUGAAUACGCGCGCAAGGGCGUGUUCCAUGCGUAUCGGCUUUUCCCUCCACUGCACAUUGCCGUACCCGCUAUCACCUAUCGCAAACGCUUGAUCGAAAAGAUCACACAAGAUGGAGAUGGUCUCGCUUUCAUGCACGUUUAUAGCUUCGAUCAAAACGGACAGGUCGAAAUCAAAGCUAAAUUCCAGAAUGUGUUCAUCAUGUGCAACGUUAUCCGUUUUGUUUGGCAGGGGUUGCACCAAGAGUUCCUCGGCGAGACUGAGGAACAGCAAAUCGAAAAUCUGAAGUUCAUGUGGGCACUCGCCGGCGCAGCGACGUUCUGCAGCCUCAACGAACAGUUCGAAGUCCAGGUGAAAGUGGAUAGUUUUGGAGGAAUGGGAUCCAAUCGCAAGUUCCUAUAUAUCCUCAGUGCGAUGAACAACCUUUCCGGGGACGAGCGAUGGUCACCCCCUUCGAUUACGAUCAUGCAGCUCUCAUUCAUUUUCACGACACUUGUGUCCUUUGUCGCUAUUGUUGCGGCAUAUCCCACACCAAACUUAGGGACGAAACGUACUUCUUUGGCUAGACGCGAGGGGCUUGACUUUGACCUCACUCACUAUUUGAACGCUAGGACGCCUGACGACAUUAGUAACCCUCCUAAGUUCAAAGGUCCUGACGAUCCUGACGACCCUGACGAACCUAAUUACUUUGACUGA